CGGGGUCAUGCUAGUUUAUGGUCGAACUUGCAAACACAUUAACCUAAAAAGGGAGGUCUUGGGUCAAGCUGACAGGCGACGGAUUAUUUUAUAACAAAACUUUAAAGUUAAAAGAUAAACGGGCGACAGGUUAUAUUGUUUGAAUGUAAAUGUUUUUUUUAUAUAGAAUUUUGUGUUUGUAGGUGUAAAUUUGGCAUAAAUCUUAGUGUAUUAAGAAAUAAAAGGAUGAAGAUUGUGUAUUUACUUUGUUUUUUGUUUGAUAAAAAGGAUACAAUCAAAAUCACAAUAGAUUUGAUUGUUGUCGUGUAUCAACCCAAUAAUUAUGAAGCUUUUGAAUUAUAUGUCACUUCAUCUUCUGCGGCCUUUGCUGUUAUAUAAGAGCAAUGGACCCUAGACAAUGAAUGCAUGAUAAAUAAAGGGUCGUAUUGUUUCAACACCCCACAUCCUAAUUUUGACAUCUCCUGUCAAACGAAGCGGCGGGUGUUGAAUUAGAAGGCUGGGGUGUCCAAAUAGAACGAGCCUAAAUAAAAGGAAUACAUGAUAAACAACUUUUUUUUUCUAAAAAAUAUAUUUUUACAACAAUCCAAAAUAAAUUUUGUUAAGUAAAAUAUAAAUAAACAAAUCAUAAAUAGUAAUACCCAUCAAUAUCAUGCUUUAAAAGUGUAAGGACCAUCUUUAACCCUUUCUAUUCGGUCAAUCUAGUGAUGCAUUCUUUAUUACACUCCAAACUCUAAGGCCAGCCACAAUUUUGACCCUACACUGUCCAUUUUAAAAGCCAACAUCAUCCUUACCUUUUUUUAACCGAAAGCCAAACCUACAUGCACAUAAAUCAGAUAAUUUCAAAAGGUCGAUUGUGAAAGCGAAAUGGCAGAUGAAGAAGAGGCGGCCCACCUUGAGAGAAUCUUCAAGCGGUUUGAUACAAAUGGGGACGGGAAGAUCUCGUCAACAGAGCUUGGAGAAGCUUUGAAGACGCUUGGAUCUGUGUCACCUGAAGAAGUCCAACGUAUGAUGGCUAAACUCGAUACGGAUGGAGAUGGGUUCAUUUCUUUUCAGGAGUACAUGGACUUUUGUAAUGCUAACAAGGGAUUAAUGAGGGAUGUUGCCAAACUCCUAUAGAUUAUCUCUCAACCACCUUCGUUGUUGUUGUCUAAACAUAAGUUGUUUUUCUCCGUGUAAUUUAUGAAUAGUGGACAAGAUGUAGAUAAUCUUUUCGUAUUAUGAAACAAAAAAA